AACACACUUAAAUUCUCCACUCGUACUCGCUGAUACAGGCAGACACGGCCAUUAUUCUAUAAUUUGCAACAUUGCACCACAUUCACAAUGGCAACCGCGCCUGCCAGCACUUCGUGCAAAGUUGUGCUAGCGAGCGCGAUUGCAAAAAAAUUGCUCGCAGAAGUCGCCAGUGGCAUCGAGGCUCUGCCGCAGCCUCCGCGCUUACACGGCUUUCUCGCCAACGAUGAUCCAGCUGCUGAAAUGUACGCGAAUUGGACCAAGAAGACAUGCGAAGAAAACGGUGUGGAAUUCACGCUGCGCAAGGUCGAUCGCGAAGCCCUGGAAGAUGAGAUUCGAUACGCAAAUCAAGAUCAAAAGGUCGAUGGUAUGAUUGUCUAUUAUCCCGUCUUCGACACGAUGCGAGAUCGAACUCUGCAAUGGACAGUCAGCUUGUACAAGGAUGUCGAGGGCCUGUCACCACAACUCAUAUCGAACAUGUAUCAGAACAUUCGGUUCCUGGACCCACCCGACAACAACCGCAAGUCCAUCUUGCCGUGCACACCACUUGCCAUUGUCAAGAUUCUGGAGUAUCUGCAAAUAUACAACAACAUUCUCGACUACGGAACGCGUCUCCAUGGACGACGAAUCACGGUCAUCAAUCGCAGUGAGGUGGUCGGUCGUCCACUUGCGGCUCUGCUAGCCAAUGAUGGAGCUGAAGUCUAUAGCGUUGACGUUACUGGCGUGCAACAAUUCAGCAGAGGCUCUGGAUUGAAGAAGCAGAAGCAUGCCACUCGUGAGAUGCCAGGUUGGACUUUGGACCAGUGUCUGCCCAUCAGCGACGUUGUGAUCAGCGGUGUCCCAGGCGAAAAAUUCAAAGUCCCUACACAUCUCGUGCGCGAUGGGGCUGUGUGCAUCAACUUCUCGAGCGAAAAGAAUUUCCAUCCAGACAUCAAGGAGAAAGCAUCAAUCUAUGUGCCAGCCAUAGGUAAGGUUACGAUUGUGGUCCUGAUGCGCAAUUUGCUUCGGCUCGCGCAGAAUAAGCCGCAGACGAACGGUAUCAACUAGUCCUGCUCUUUCUUCGUGCAGGAAAUUGUGCUUCAGUGCAAUGAGAUACGACUACAGGCUUCGAGUUGAUGGAGCGAGGUCAGUUCGGCGGCGUGGUUAGCUAAGCUUAUGCAGGCUGUGGCAUCGUGGAGCCGCUACAUAGCUUGGUACAAUGACUGUACUGUCUCUCCAAGUUCGUGUGCUCGCGACAUUGAGGAGGAUUCAUAUUAUAGCUGCGCAUAGACGGUGUGUUUCGAUCCUAAGUCCAUCUUUUGUGUAUUGAAACCUACAAUCGUUCGGCAACCAAACUAGAUAAC